UACGUUCGAACGAGAGAAUAAAAGAAAAUAGAAAAUUGGGGAGAGAAGUAAACAUAUAACAAACAAAUAUAAAACGUUCCUGUGAUAUCCGAUGAUCUACAAGUUCGUGAUCUAUCCGUGUGUGUUACGCGUGCAUUUGCUGACGGCUCAUGUGGAUAACAGUUAACAAGGCGUUUUCUUCUACGAAACGAGAACCGAGUGUCGGCAAUGUUAGAAGGACCAUUAUUCCCAUCUGUCGGCAUAACGAGGCGUAAUUGAAAUCUCUCGCAUGGACACGAAGGCGCGAGCGGGCCCCGUUUCUCACGUUGGGGCCACUCACAAUUGGCCUUAAUGUUGCCUCUGUCCGGUAGGUAAUCCAGUUUUGGAGAUCUCUUCCACAUUGAAAGAUCAACCGUAGGAACGAAGGAGCACGAGGAACGAUAAACACGAAGCUCUUUAGAAAAAAUAAAAAAGAAGUUGCGGUUAUGAAGGUUCGAUGACUACAAGUUUUAGUAACAUCAAUAUGGACUCGCCUUAUCUGAGAACUUGGCUACUAAAGAUUUUACUUCUUCUUUUGUCCUGUUCACCUGGACGAUCUAUAGACAUAUCACAAUGCAUCGCACCCUUAGGAAUGGAGUCCAGGGCAAUCCCAGAUGCCGACAUUACAGCCAGCUCGAGUUUUGAUAGCGGAAACGUUGGACCCCAUCAUGGACGGCUUAGGCAAGAAAGUCACGGAGGUGCUUGGUGCCCGAAGCAACAGAUCACAACGGAACCACGAGAGUGGUUGGAAAUCGAUUUACACACGGUGCAUAUGAUCACGGGAACUGGCACUCAAGGUCGAUUCGGAAAUGGACAGGGCGUGGAAUAUUCGGAAGCAUAUCUUCUGGAAUAUUGGAGACCCAAACUUGGCAAAUGGGUUCGCUACAGGGAUGUUCGUGGCGAGGAGGUGAUAAAAGGCAACACGAACACCUAUCUAGAAUCGAAACACGAGUUAGACCCGCCAAUGUGGGCGAGCAAAGUACGAUUUCUUCCUUACAGUUAUCAUCGUCGUACGGUUUGCAUGAGAGUCGAGUUGUACGGUUGUCCUUGGAACGAUGGUAUCGUUUCAUAUUCAAUGCCACAAGGAGACAAGCGCAGCAACUGGGAAUUCUUUGAUGCUACUUACGAUGGUUACUGGGACGGUCAGCUCCUACGAGGUUUGGGUCAACUAACCGACGGCAAGAUCGGCCCGGAUAAUUUCAAGAUGAGCUACUACGAUUACGAUCGUGGUCAAGGCUGGGUCGGUUGGAGGAAUGACACUCGUUCCGGUCAUCCGCUUGAAAUUAAAUUCGAAUUCGACCACGUCAGGGAAUUCUCAGCCGUUCACAUUUAUUGCAACAAUCAGUUCACCAAAGAAGUACAGGUGUUCUCCGAAGUUAGCAUCAUGUUCAGCGUGGGUGGCAAGUAUUACACUGGAGAUCCAAUCGUCUAUUCAUACAUGGAAGAUAAAAUUUUCGAACAAUCUAGAAACAUCACGAUCAAACUUCAUCAUCGAAUUGGUAAAUUCGUCAAAUUGAAGUUUAGUUUCGCUGCCAAAUGGAUAAUGAUCAGCGAAAUAACUUUUGAUUCUGAUAUCGCGCAUGGUAAUUUUACUCCCGAAGUUCCGCCUACAACAGAAGCACCGCGAAGUCGUGAUAGAAAUUCUGCGCGAGACAAUCCCUUGCAAGCCGAAUUUCCCGUUGCUAAGCAAGACGAACCUACGUACAUGGCCGUGAUCAUAGGUGUUUUAGCAGCCGUCAUAUUACUUUUAGCUGUGGCCAUUUUUCUCAUAGUCUCGCGUCAUAGACAGAGAAAAAACUUUGCCAGUCCGUUGGGUGCCAAAAGUGCUAUUCCUUCAAGCAAUCAUCAACAUUUAUCACCUGAAUCGGCGUAUGGUACCACGGAAAAGGAUCCUUCUUUAAUGACGUACAGAGUUGAAGAAUUGGAUGACCGGUACGCGGGAACCAAAUUAACAACCCUUCCACGUGAUCUCAAUGAUCGGUUAUUGGGGGAUGUUAGAUUGGACGAGUACCAGGAACCAUUUCACGAGAACAAAUAUCGUGAACCUCCUCAUGCUGCUUAUUACGGAUACAGCACUGUCGUUAUAGACAACAAAGAUCUUCACGAUAGCGUUGAACAAUCUGAUGCCACCUACGAUUACGCGGUACCAAUGCCUGUGCCUAGCGUGAGCAGCGAUCAAGAUAGCGUAUUUUCCAAGUCGUCAUCUAGAGGCAGUGCGAAGGCUUGUUUACAGAGCUUUUUCCCACCUCCCCCGCCACCGAUGAGUGCUCCACCACCUCGCGGUUCGAAUAAUCUUACGUAUUCUAAUCCACCGAGUCCAGAACCAGUAUGCGAACGCGAACGCAGAGGAAGCAAACGCAGGGAACAUUCUCUUCAUAGAUACGCGUAAGAGAACGUUCGUCGUGGCACAUGUUCAUCUCACACGCAUACCUGCAUACAUACAUAAAUAUUACAUUAACACGAAGUGUACACGCGCGCGCAUUCUUCGGGGAUAUACGCAAAACGUGUCGAAGGUCACCGAGGUACGUUAAUUGCACAAUUUGAUUAAUUAUUACACGACAUUAUGGUUCUUGCUCUAUUUCAACUUAUUCGAACAAUGUUUGCAUGUAUUAAAUACAA